ACAACAACAAUGCAUGGGCGAAGCAUAAAAAUAAAUCGGGGGCCAGCAGCUAUUGCUGCCAUCGUUGUCCUAUGUUUCCUCUUCUAUAUGUUUAGUGGAGGCGAGGAGGAACAUCGUCCUGCCAUGUAUGGAAUGCUGAGGAAUCAGAAUAAAGUUAAUAUGCGUAAGCUGUUAAUAGGUGCCAUACAAGCCGCCCAAAAAGGUGGCCUGGAGAUACUGGAGGUGGCCAAGACCCGAGACCUCAAAGAGAAAAGUAAAGGCAAAACAGAUGAGGGUGCAAAUGAUCCGUACACAGAUGCGGAUGGUCGUUCACAUUGUGUUAUGAAGCAGGGUCUGCACAGAAUCUUUCCACGUGUCACAAUUUUCUCGGAAGAGGAUAAGGAAAGCUGUGCCGAGGCGGUGACAUUUGAUUUGGAUCCUACGGUAUUGCAUGAAACAGCUGUGAUUCCCGAUAAAUUGGUGGACAUUAAGGAUGUUACCGUGUGGAUAGAUCCUUUAGAUGCUACACAGGAAUUUACAGAACAAUUAUAUGAAUAUGUCACCACCAUGGUGUGUGUUGCGGUACGCGGCGAACCUGUCAUGGGUGUUAUUCACAGCCCCUUUAGUGGUGAAACUGCCUGGGCCUGGGUGGAUCAUUCCAUGUCGGAAUAUUUAUCACAAAUCCACCCAGAUCGUCCAAACACCGAUAGUCCAAUUAUUACCGUGUCUCGUUCUCAUGCUGGGGAUGUCAAGGAUUUGACUCGAUCAGUAUUUGGUGAAAAUUCCAAUAUCCUAACUGCAGCUGGUGCAGGCUAUAAGGUACUACAAGUUGUUGCCAACAAUGCCACAGCCUAUUUGCAUUCAACAAAAAUUAAGAAAUGGGAUAUAUGUGCCGGGGAUGCCAUUCUAAGGGCAUUGGGUGGUAAAAUGACCAAUUUGGACAAUGAAUUAAUAAACUACGGUCCCGAUGAGUCGCCGGUAAAUGCUCGUGGUCUUUUGGCCACCAUUGUUAAACAUGAUGAAUAUAUUGAGAAAUUAAUGGACUAUAGAAAUAGUCAUAAGAAGAGCACCCGGCAACGGUAGUAAGCGAUGACAUU